UUUUUUUUUUUCCUUUUUUCUUUUCUUCCCUUUGAUUAUUAUGCCAAGACACUCUUAUUCCCAACGGGAGUCCUCCUCAAGAAGAAGAAGAAGGUCACUUAGUCCAGUCCGACAUAAAAGAGACCACUAUGACCAAAAAACUACUUCAAGAAGAAAGGAGGAAGCAAUAAAUAGCCGUCAUAGCAGCAGCAAUAGACACAGUGAAGAAAGACAGUCUGAUAAUAGACGCUCUUCUUCUUUUGAUGAUAAGAGAAGUUACGAAGACGAAUUUAGAUACAACGAGCGAAGAGAACAGCUUCCACCCAAUAUUAAUGUGGUAUUGAGGAAUUUGCCUGAUAGAGCAAGAGAAAUCGAUAUUCAAAGCAAACUAUCUCAUAUGGGCGCUAGUAUUGAUGAUGUGUCGCUCAUCAAAGACCGUGAAACAGGUGAAUCCAGAAAAUUCGCUUUUGUUCGCUUCACAAGUGUAGGACAUGCUAUUCAGUUUGUUGAGAAAUAUAGAACUUUUGAUAUGCAUUCUUACAAUGUACGUGUUGAUUAUUGCAAAAGAAACAACCAAGGCGAUGACAGAGAAGAGUGGCGUUGUACAAAGUGCGGUCAUUUCAAUCCAAUUAGUCGCCGUACAUGUACUGAAUGCAGACAAUCGUAUAUGACUGCUUCUGCUGAAAAGCGCACCUAUGAUACCGAGACGAUCGAAAUCAAUGAUGGAACUAAGGAUAUCUCUACUGCUCCUAGUACCAUGAUACUUCUGCGCCAAUUAGACCAUUUGUCAACUGAGGAAUCUAUCUACAGUGCUGUACAAUCUCUAGAAGGCAUCCAUCGCGCUAUUUUGAUUAGAGAUAAAUUGACCAAGAUGUCUUGCGAGUUCGCCUUUGUAGAAUUUACUACUGUGAAGUAUGCUGCUAUGGCCUUAGAGUACGCGAGAGAGUUAUUAGAGGUGGAUGGACGUAAGGUACUUGUCUCAUUUGCUAGUCAAGAAAGUUUUAUACCCGUCUAUGGACAGUCAGAAUGGUCAAUUCCAGCACGCGAUGAAAUGGACGGGCUUUUAGCUUACUGGGAUAAAUCCUCUUAUGCUUCAGAGUUCUCAUAUGCAAUUGAACAAGAGAAGAAGCAAAGAGAAGAAGAAUUAAGAAAGGCUAAGGAAGAAGAAGCAAGAAAGGCACAAUUAGCUAAAGAAAACCUACAAGACGAUCUUAGUGCCUUUUACGCUGAUAUGGAUGAUUUUGGAACCGAUAAUGAUAAUGACAUUUUUACUUUGCCCAAGAUGAGAUAAUUAAAAAUAAAAAAAAAAAAAAUUAAAAAAA